AUGGCAUCUCUGCAACAGCUGCAAGGACUUUCGGGUCCUCAUUGCGUGCUGCUUGCUGUACACUAUGCGACUGAGUCGAAUAUCAAUGCCCUUCGCGUCGUGACAGCACUACGGGCGGCCGAACUACCGUUGGAACUUGUUCUCAGAAUCCUUUUGACAUAUCUCCCUGAAGAGACGGACCCCUCAUCCUACUAUGAAUACCUCAAUGAGCUUGGUACAGAGUCGCGGACGCCUGGCAACGACCCUCCUACGACUUUAGACGUCUCGGCAGUUGACCAAUUGUCCAAUUCACGAGCGAGAAAGAGAAGACGCACAUUGGAGCUUUUGACGGUGGCACAUCCUCUCUACAGUACAGAAACUGAGCUGGAUCUUCUUAGCCAUUUCCUCAUACACCGAGCACAUCGUAUCGACACCCAGACUGGCCUUCUUGAUCUUGUCCCACAACUCAUAGUGCCUUUCCUCGACCACUCCGAAUACAUACGAGCGUGGUUCAUCUCUACUGUCCUCCCGCUGCUUCGCCUGAGCUACGAAUACUACCCGCAGAAUACCACGUCCUCGCUUGACGACUUCGCCAGACUACACGGAAAUCGCGCAAUCGACUAUCAACUCGCCAACGCACGCAAUUCAAGCGCAGCAAAUAUACAGAAUGUGGCAAGAGACUUGAAGGGCGUGGUGGCUCCGUGGAUGUGCGGAGCCAAUGACCGCAAGAGACGGAAACUUACGGGUGAUGAGCGGAGAGCCUCUGUAUCACAGGAGCUAUCUCAUGAGCCAGAUGACUGGGAUUGCCUGUUUCAAUGGAUAUUACAUGCCUCGAAAGAACACCUCAGUCUGGUGACAGCUGCACUGAGCGAUUGGGAUGGGCCUGAGGACAUGGACCUUGGUGGUUAUGAAGAGGGACGAGACUACGUUGACGACGAGCAACAACGUCUGCUGGAGAUCAAAUACGCGCAAACAAUUCUUGCCUGCCUUUACCUUGUGGACAAGGAUGAUAACAACACAUUACAGACCGCGCACUCACUUCUGAAAAGGAUAUGCGAGCUCCUCAACUACGACCCUCCGCCAGACCUGACCAUCAGCCCUGAAAACCUACCGACCUAUGACCUCAAAUCUCCAUUCUUGCAAGACUGCACGACAUCUCUGCUCCGAGAGGAGCGCCUACUGGAUCUGGAAAACACCGUUACAAAACCGACCCGAGACUCUGUUCGCGUCCUCGAACUCGUUUUGUUUUCGUCAUGCGUCUUAUCGACUCUACAGCACCCGUUGUCGCUACGAGAAGUUGCCAAGAUGUCACUCCGAGAUGAUCAUCCAGAGCAGUUCUCGCUACUACAAAAGAUACUGCACACGGUCACAAGCGGAUCGAAAAAGGACAGUGAUCAGUGGACAAGUAUCAGGUCAAAGUUGCUUUGGCUAUGGAGUUGGGGCUCAGAGAAACGUGACGGCGAUCGCUUCGCUCAAGGUAUCUUGGGCAUGAUCGAGCGCAGGACAAUCGAGAUUGAGGUCUUGAAGUCCAUUAUCGAGAGUGGACACUACUCUCUUGCUGUCCAGCUUUAUGUGCGGCCUAAAUUUGGAGAGCAACCACUGCUAGCGUCUGAUGUUGAGCAAGUCGUGCUAUCGUCAGCAAUGCAUCAUUACGAUAAUUCCAGUAAUGGCAACCGUACAAGGGGUGGCGUAAAACGCGCAGCCGAUAUCGUCGCCGCCUUUACUCCGCACUUCUCGACAUCGUCGCGAUUUCAACGAAUGCACGCUUUGCUCGCUGCCACUCACGCAAUUUCGUAUUACUCUUUGAUCCUCCAGCACGGGGUCCCAUUUCAGCCUGUCAAUAUUAGAGUCAGUCCCAACCCCUUAUCGCUCAUAAGGAAGCUUUUGUUACAGAAUCUAGGGAGCUAUACAAAGCUGGACGAUCUCAUCUCCAUAGGUCAAAACCUGGUGGUUGCCAUGCCUGCCACGAUAAUAGAUGAAGAUCAAGACGCAAACCAGAUGAGUGCAGAAAUCAUGGAAAGAAAAAAGGCGACUGCAGCACGUCGCGUUACCGGGAUGGCAAUCGAGGCUGCUUUGGAGGAGGGCGACUUUGAAACGGCCUACUCCUAUGUUGUCAACCGACUUACACCGAUUGCACCGUCACCAAGCCCCUUUCCAUCCUCUCAAAAGUUCUCGUUCGGCUCAGUUGACUCUGAAGAGCCCGAGGAUGAUGCGGAAGAUGUAGCAUGGCGAGCUGCAUUACGAGCAGGGCGCUAUAGCUCGUCCAACACUAGCUCAUGGACACCAGCUGGGAACACAGCACGUCCCGAUCUUCGUAGAUUGGAGCAGCGUAUGGAGCUGCUAUCACAGGCCCUACUUCUAGCGCCACCAAGACAUCUCGAAGAAGUGCUCGGGGUCUGGCAGGAAUGCGAAGCUGAAAUGAUGGAGUUGCUUGCACAAGAAACAGAAGCAGAGGAGCGAUUCAACGAUGCAGCAGAUCGGAAACUACCCGGUGCCUUCAAUAUGGAAACGACCACUGUGCAGCCUCGUCGUGAAGUCGGUCGUGGCGCAGUUGAGGAAUCGCCCAUGGGACUGUUCGAUGUUGCUCGAGGAGCAGCAGCCGCAUUCUCCAAGACUGCGUUCCCCCUUCGAGGGAGUACACAACCAGCGACUGAGUCUCAGCCAAGACAGAGUGUUGGUGGAUCGAGUCGUGUCAGCCUGGAAUUGAGUGACUCGGGUAGCAUGGCAGGGCACGAUGACAGAGUGAGAAAGCGAGAUAUGGUCGCUAGUGCUGCCACAGGGGCUUUAGCCACUGGUAGCGGAGCUCUGGCUUCUGGUCUCGGCUGGGUGCUAGGUGCGCGCGAAGCCGGUCGCAGAGCGAGACCAGAACUAAGCUCGCAUCACAUGGUCAAAAGUCUGUAUGCUUUGAUCCAACUAUUAUUGCAGAUAUACACCUUUUCCACCACACCACACAACACACAGCAGCAGCAGCAGCAGCAGAAAUCAGACACUCAGAACAAUAUGGAGUCUGUUGGCGAAUACGUUUCGCCUUCAGAUACUAUGGGCAGCGCACUGACUGACGAGAAUGUAGCAGACAACAAAGCCAGCAUGAAGUGCAUCGAAUCCUAUCUACAACAACAUGUAGCGCAGCAACACAAGUUCGAUCAUGAGAUUGAGAGGGUCAAGAUUGCCAUGAACGUGUGCGAGUUCAUCUUACGUGCACCCAUUCGGGAGCUGGAAGCUAACAGCAAUCCGAACACCGCUGAUGGCACAUACGAAAAACUUGUUUCAUGCAAGAACACCAUGACCAUUGCGCAAGAAACCAUGCAAGAGGAUGCUGGAAAACUGGGAAUCCUAGCCACCGAGCUGCGAGCCUUCAUGACAAAGCUCUGCGAUGAGCGCGAUCAUCUCCACCAGAAAUUUACUGGAGCUGAAGCACGUUGCAGACGCGAGCACAACCUCAAUCAAAACAAUCUCAGCAUCAUCGCUAGGCUUGAGGGCAAGAUCCAGGACUUGACUUCGAUGAACAUUCAAACCCAGCGCGAACUCAGUGAAUUUCGAUCUGAAACUUCGGGAACCCAAACCAAGCGUCUCGGUGAAGUCCAUGGGACCCAUCUAGUUGAUCGGGCGCAGACCUUCCAGCACGAGAAUGCACGACUGAGGGAACACAUGAGCGAACUGGAGAAUGAUGCCGCUGUUAUCAAAAAAGAGUUCGCUCAGUUGAUAACUAGUCUGGAUACUACAAAUGCUGGUUUUGGUACCAUUGAAAACUGUCAAGAUGAGCAUGAACAACACAAGUCGGCCACCGUAUUCAAGCCUGCCGGAAUGGCUCACGUACUCUUCAACACGGUGCGCAAGGACGACGAGUUCAUUGCGUACUACCGCAACUGCAGAAGGGCAUAUGUCAAGCACCAUCUUCUCCAUGAGCAGGUUGGGGGUGAGGAUUCGUCACGCCUACAGAAGGAGUUCGCCAGGGUCGAUGGAAUUCGUUGCAUCAAUAUCAGCUACGAGUAA